AUGUCCAACCGACAGGACCAGAUCCGCAAGCGCAGGCGGUCACAAUCCGGGAGCCGCCUCCUCUCCGACGAUGACCCCUUCAACGCCUCGUCGCCCAUGGCAGGUCCCUCGAACGCUCUCACAUCCGCACGCUCCUCGCCGCCACCUUCCUCGCUGCCUCCCUCGAGCCCUCCCGGCGGCGCCUUUUCCGACUUCACAGAUGGCGAAGCAGAGGCCGAGAGCGUCGUCGACGAGGAGCAGGAAGCUCGCGAGCUCGGAGACGACUUCCAGGCGCAUCCGGACUCGGACGACGAGGGCGAGGACCUGUUUGGCGACAACAUGGACGCAGACUACGCCGAAAACACCGCGCUGGACCGCUACGACACCACCCUCGACAUCGACGACGACGUCGUCGACGACAUCGACAUGAACGCACGGAGGCUCGCCGAGCUCAAGAUGAGCCGCCGCGACCGCAUGGAGGCUGUCAGCCGCGGCCAGCGGUCCCGGGCCCCCGAGUUCCUCCAGAGCGACGACGAGAGCGACGAUGGCGCCGCCAUCAUCGGGAGACGGCGCAGGAGGCACUACGACGAGCCGCAGGGCGGUGCUGCCGCCCUGGCCGACGACCUCCCCCUCGAGCAGCUGGGCGACGUCAAGACCGACAGCAUCGCCAGCUGGGUGGCCACGGAAAACGUGCGCAGGACCAUCAUCCGCGAGUUCCGCAACUUCCUCGUCACCUACGUCGACGAGCAGGGCAUCAGCGUCUACGGCCAGCGCAUCAAGACGCUCGGAGAGACCAACGCCGAGUCGCUCGAGGUAUCGUUCCUGCACCUCGUCGACUCCAAGGCGAUCCUGGCCUACUUCCUCGCCAACUCGCCCGCCAGCAUGCUGCCCAUCUUUGACGAGGUCGCCUUCGACGUCAUCAUGCUCUACUACCCCUCCUACGACCGCAUCCACCCCGAGGUUCACGUCCGCAUCUCGGACCUGCCCACGUCGUCGACGCUGCGCGACCUCCGCCAGGGCCAUCUCAAUUCGCUCGUCCGCGUCAGCGGCGUCGUGACCCGCCGCACCGGCGUCUUCCCGCAGCUCAAGUACGUCAAGUUCGACUGCCUCAGCUGCGGCGAGGUGCUGGGCCCAUUCUGGCAGGACGCCAACCAGGAGGUCAAGGUGAGCUACUGCUCCAAUUGUCAGAAGCGCGGGCCCUUCCGCGUCAACUCGGAGCAGACCGUCUACCGCAACUACCAGAAGAUGACGCUCCAGGAGUCGCCCGGCAGCGUUCCGCCGGGACGCCUGCCCCGCCAUCGCGAAGUCAUCCUGCUGUGGGACCUCAUCGACUCGGCCAAGCCGGGCGAGGAAGUCGAGAUCACGGGCGUCUACCGCAACAACUUUGACGCCUCGCUCAACACCAAGAACGGCUUCCCCGUCUUUGCCACGGUGCUCGAGGCCAACCACAUCGCCCGCCGCGACGACGCCUACGCGGCCUUCCGCCUGACCGAGGAGGACGAGCGGGCCAUCAAGAUGCUCGCCAAGGACGACCGCAUCGGCAAGCGCAUCGUCAAGAGCAUCGCGCCCAGCAUCUACGGUCACGAGGACAUCAAGACGGCCCUCGCACUCAGCCUCUUUGGAGGCGUGCCCAAGGACAUCGGCGGCAAGCAUCGCAUCCGCGGCGACAUCAACGUGCUGAUGCUCGGCGAUCCGGGUACCGCCAAGUCGCAGUUCCUCAAGUACGUCGAGAAGACGGCCAGCCGCGCCGUCUUUACCACGGGUCAGGGCGCCUCGGCUGUCGGUCUGACGGCGAGCGUGCGCAAGGACCCCGUGACGCGCGAGUGGACGCUCGAGGGAGGCGCGCUGGUGCUGGCCGACAAGGGCGUCUGCCUCAUUGACGAGUUUGACAAGAUGAACGAUGCCGACCGCACCUCGAUCCACGAGGCCAUGGAGCAGCAAUCCAUCUCGAUCUCCAAGGCGGGCAUCGUCACGACGCUCCAGGCCCGCUGCGCCAUCCUCGCCGCCGCCAACCCGAUCCGCGGGCGCUACAACCCGACGAUCCCCUUUAGCCAGAACGUCGAGCUGACCGAGCCCAUCCUGUCGCGCUUCGACGUCCUCUGCGUCGUCAAGGACACGGUCGACCCGGUCAAGGACGAGAUGCUGGCGCGCUUCGUCGUCGGCUCCCACCUGCGCUCCCACCCCAAGUUCGAGGAGGAGACCGAGGAGCAGCUCGUGGGCACCUCGCUCGACGCCGACAUUAUCCCGCAGGAGAUGCUCAAGAAGUACAUCAUGUACGCCCGCGACCACGUCCGGCCGCGCCUCAACGCGCUCGACCAGGACCGGCUGUCGAGGCUGUACGCCGACCUGCGCCGUGAGUCGCUCAGCACGGGCUCGUACCCCAUCACGGUCCGACACCUCGAGAGCAUGAUCCGCAUGGCCGAGGCCAGCGCCAAGAUGCACCUGCGCGAGUUUGUGCGCAGCGACGACAUCGACGUCGCCAUCCGCGCCACUGUCGAGAGCUUUGUCAGCGCGCAGAAGAUGAGCGUCAAGAAGACGCUCGAGAGGGGCUUCCGCAAGUACCUCCACCAGGCGCGGGACCACGACGAGCUGCUCUCGUUCCUCAUCGGCGGCAUCGUCAAGGACCGCAUGCGCUAUGCGCAGCUCGGCUCGCAACGCCGCCGCACCACUGGGGGCGAAGACGACGAGAUGGUCAUCACGGUGCCCGUCUCUGAGCUCGAAACACGCGCCAAGGAGGUCGAGGUGUACGACGUCCGUCCGUUCCUCGCCUCCAAGCUCUUUUCGGCCAACGGGUACACCUACAAUGCCGCCGAGCGCUCCAUCACCAAGCGCUUCGGCAGGGGCGGCGGGAACCGCAGGGCGCCGGGGGCCAUGGAGGAGCUUUGA